AUGACCCGCCUGUCAGCCGUAAUUUCAACCUUUGCCAUCUUGGGCUCUUCCCAAGCUAUAAGAUUUCUUGGGCGGGUGAAUCCAGCAACAAGGGAAUUGACUUGGCCUGCUACCGGCCUUUCCUUUUCUUUCACGGGAACUUCAGCAAGUGUGGCGGUUACCUCGAUUUCAGGCACUAAUAGUGUCGAGUUACUGAUCGAUGGAGGCACUCCAAUCAUUAUCGAAAACGUAAACGGAACGAGCGUCAGUACGCCCUCCCUUGUGCGAGGUCAACACACCGUUCAGAUUCGCAAAAGGUCGGAAACUGUUUACGGUACUUUUGCCCUUGGUGAUGUGAAAAUCUUCCGUGGUUCACUCGGCGCCGAUUCCGUUUCACCGCGACGGAUCCAUAUCAUCGGAGAUUCUAUCUCUGUGGGCUAUGGUUUAGAUGGAACCUAUCCUUGUACCAAUUCCGCUUUUCUCGAGAACGCACCCAAAACCUACGGCGCUCUAACGGCCAAAAGCCUGUCGGCUGAGUAUGAUAUUCUUGCUUGGUCCGGGAUAGGAUUGAUACGAAACACCAUCGGCUCCAGCGAUCCCGUGCUCAUGCCGCAGCUAUGGACCCGGUACGGCACCAGUGACGAAGACAACAGCUACACGUUUCCCAGGGCUGAGGCUCCGGACAUUGUUGUUAUCAAUCUGGGCACCAACGACUUCUCUUACCUUGGCGUCCGUGACCCGGUUAAUGCAACGAUGCUCGCCGACGGCAUGAUCGCGUUUGCAGAGACGAUACGGAGCCAUUACCCCAGAGCAGAGCUUUUUCUCACCUCGAGCCCGAUGCUCAGUGACACAUAUCCCACCACAGAAGAUGCACAACACACGACACAUGUGAGUGUUUUGAAGGCGGCUGCGGAGAAGCUCGGUAGCAAGGCGCAUGUUGUCGAUUUCCCGACGCAGGGUUCAGAGGUGGGAUGUGACUAUCACCCAAAUGCAGCUGAGCAUGAGAAAAUGGCUGCCAUCUUGACUUCAGCUAUCAGGGAGGUCAUGUGCGGAUCUUCUCCCGCAUUCGAGGAAAAGCGGGCGAAAUGGCAAGAAGCCUGCACUCAGGACUCAGUCCUCGUCGACUUCACCAAAUACCUCAUGGAAGGCACUCCUACAUUUGGCCCGAUCUUCAACCGAACGGAAGUAAAUCGUUUGCAGCAAAUAUUUUCGUCUCGCGCGGGUGAGGAUAAUCGCUGGAAUCAACAGGUAUUUACUUCGUAUCUUCUGGCUCAAAUUCCACCCGGAGAAGAAUACGAAGCCUCCCUACUGAGGGCUAUGCCGUCUCUCUGGGCCCUGGCCGUGCACUUUGCAAUAUGGCCAUUCAAUGCCACACUGGACCACCCGACGACUGGUCUGACUUUGUUUGAGUUCACCCGCGCCGUCGCCUUCCUCUGCGGUAGGCACAGCAUGAUGUUCAGGGCCUGGUUCAGCGAAGAAUGCGUCUUCAAUCGCUAUACAGACCAGCCAGUGCUGGAAUACAUCUUCCGAGGUCUCGCGAAAAACAAAGGGUCGAUCAACUCAUCUCUGUCCGGGCAUUCUGCUCAUCUAUUUUCCCAACGCGACAUACUUGAUGUUUUAAAUGUAGCUCAGCCAGUAUUGAACUGCUGCACACAGACGCUCACCCGGAACGAGCUGAGGCCCAUCGCCAACCGGCUGUCUUCGACUCCCGCCGAGCUUUCCGACCUCGUUGUCCAGACGAAGACGCUUCUCCCGCUUCUGGAACUCUCGGUAUUGCUCCUUGAACAAGCCAGCAAAUUCGACGAUACCAGCUGUCCAAAAUCUCUGAAGGAACGAAUAAUUACUGCUCAAACGGAACUACAGAAGACCGAGGACGUGUCGUUUGAGGUCUACCGUUGGAGGCUGGACGGCGAUGCGCAAGAGUGGAACAAGACGCUGAACGGUGUAUAUACCAUCUACGACAGUAUUGCCCUACUCUUCAACACUUUUACGAAUCCUCAAAGCUUAAUCACUGGCAAAUCUCAGCAUUGGCUUUCAGGAGAAGAGAGGACCUUACGUGUUAUGUCGAUGCGAAGAGUCGGGCUGAAUUUUUGCGGUGAGGAAGGGAUUCCGCAAAAGUCCACCCGAGAGGAGAAAUAG